GAGUGCUUUUAAAUGGGAGGGAAGACAGGGGGGAUCAGCACAGCAGCACCAGAGUAACCAACCGUGUGAGUCGGGGUCCUGCCUCCACACAGGUGCACAUCAGCGGAUACAGAGAGGACGUCACCUCAGCUGGAUGAAAUAACCUGAAAGAACCUCUUCAGGAUUUGGCAAGUCUGGACCAAAAGACAAAAAACAGCCCUAAUCAGCAGAAGUAAAACCAGAAGUGAAGAUGAACCUUUUAGUCAUUAUUGCCAUCUUUGCAGCGUUCAGCGUUGAUGCGACUUUUUCUCGACGAUGGCCUAAAAACAGCUCGUCAUCGGAACCUCGUGCCUCAAACAGGGAGAUGUGUCAGUCCGGGGACGGGAGCAGUUACAGAGGAUUGGCCUCUGAGUCGGCAUCAGGACGCAGAUGUCUCAACUGGAACAGGUACAACAUCCCCUCAAGACCUUCGAAUGGACUCGGCGACCACAGUUACUGCAGGAAUCCUGAUCAGAGCUUGAUGCCGUGGUGUAGAGUCCGAAGAGGAAGGAGGGUUGUGAGAGAAUUCUGCAACAUUCCCAAAUGUUCUACGCCAACAACAAUACCUCCACCGGCUGUGGAUACAGAGCGGACAUGUGGUGAGAGGCCUGAGCAGAGGAAGCAUAAAAUUGUGGGUGGCUCUUUCACGGCCGUAGAGUCGCACCCAUGGGUCGCUGCUCUCUUUAAUCGGCGCAGCGGCUUUCUCUGUGGGGGCUCUCUCAUCGCACCAUGCUGGGUUCUCACAGCUGCACACUGCUUCUCUGACGGCGUGGGGACUAGCACCAGACAUCUGUCUGUGUAUCUCGGGAAGACUGCCAUCAAUGACACUGACGCUGAAAAGGAGCAGAUAUUCACUGUGGAAAAAUUGAUCAUUCACCAAAAAUACAAUCCGGUCAACUAUAACAAUGACAUAGCGCUGUUGAAGAUCAAAAGCAGAAACGGAGGAUGUGCGGUGAGGUCAUCGUCUGCCAGGACAGUGUGUCUUCCUCCAUCUCACACUCAGCUCCCUGGAGGAUUUCAUUGCAGCAUCGCAGGAUUUGGGAGGGAGAGAUUGUUGGGGCCUUACUCGCAGAUACUGAAGCAGGGCGUGGUGCAACUGCUGACGCAGACUGACUGUGCAAGUCGAUUGUACUAUGGAGAUCUCAUCACUGAGAACAUGUUCUGUGCUGGGAGCCCUGACUGGAGCACUGAUGCCUGCAAGGGGGACUCUGGUGGUCCGCUGGUGUGCGAGGUGGCAGGUCGGAUGUUCCUGUUCGGGGUGGUGAGCUGGGGUGACGGCUGCGCCAAAAGGAACAAGCCAGGCGUCUACAUGCGAGUCACCAACUACAACAAGUGGAUUGAAGACAGCACCGGGCUCUCCAAAUACACCAGAGGGUUCAUGUAUCCCAUAAAAUAAAGCUGUUUUACUGAGGAGGAUCUGAGGAGAAUUUUGCAGCAUUUUAUAGCUAUGUAACCGCUUAAAGCGAAAGCUAUUUUUGAACGUAUCUUAAUGUAUAUAGUGUGCUUUUGUAUAUGGACUUUUCACAAGAGUAAAACUUUCUAAAAAGCCAUUUGAAAAAAAGAAUAUUUUUAUAUAUAUAUUUAUAUAUAUUUUAGUGUAAUAGCCAUCUGCUUUUGCAGAAGGCUGGCUCUGCUGUCGUGCAUUUAUUAUUUAUUUAAAUAAUAUAAAUGUGUUUUUAUCUUUUUUGCAUUAGCACAAUCUUCAUCACAUGCAGACAUGUUGCUGUGUUGACACAGCAUGUAUGUGGAGAACAUCUCUGCAGACAUAAGAGAUGUGGCCAAGAGGUGAAUACCAUUUAUUAUUAAAUGAACUGCAGUACAGUAGAGAUACAAAACAACAGAUUUGGUACUCAGACAGUAGCAUGCUUAUUCAGCUAGUUUGUCCGUGAGUGAAAGUGUCCAUAAAUCCAACACUGGAGGGCACUGUUCAGCUAUAAGGGAGCUCAGUAAUCUCAAACAUACUAAGUCACUGGUAUGUUAAUACGAACAACGAUGACAUCCAAACUGAGUCGGUACCUUCAUAAGUCAUAAGACAGCUCAAGGCUCAAUCCACACUUGAUACAGACAAGGAUGUACAGUGCGGGAUGCAAAUGAAUAAAGACACAUGUGAGCCAUGAG